ACCGAAGAAGAAGAGGAGUCACGUGGUUCCGACUCCUGUCAUCCACCUGAGCAGAUAAAGCGAAGGUUAAACCAGUUCUCUGGGGUUCUGAGAGGUCUGGACUGAGUCCAGAGCUGAGGAAAUGGGUCGGAAAGUGAGCGUAGCGACCUGCUGCCUGAACCAGUGGGCUCUGGACUUUGAGGGGAACUCUGAGAGGAUCCUGAGGAGUAUCGAGCUAGCCAAGGCUAAUGGAGCUAGAUACAGACUGGGUCCAGAGCUGGAGAUCUGCGGUUACGGCUGUGCAGACCACUUCUACGAGUCGGACACUUUGCUCCACAGCUUCCAGGUCUUGAUGACCCUCCUGGAGUCCCCGGUCACCCAGGACAUCAUCUGUGAUGUAGGGAUGCCCAUCAUGCACCACAACGUGCGCUACAACUGUCGGGUCCUGUUCCUGAACAGAAAGAUCCUGCUGAUCAGGCCGAAGAUGCUGAUGGCCAACCACGGGAUCUACAGAGAGAUGCGCUGGUUCUCUCCCUGGAACCAGUUCAGGCAGGUGGAAGAUUAUUUCCUACCCAGGAUGAUCCAGGAGGUCACAGGACAGGAGACCGUCCCAUUUGGUGACGGUGUUCUGUCCACGAAGGACACCUGCAUCGGGACGGAGAUCUGCGCUGAGCUCUGGAACCCCAGCAGUCCUCAUAUUCAGAUGGGGCUGGAUGGGGUUGAAAUCUUUACUAACUCGUCUGCGAGCCACCACGAACUCCGUAAAGCUGACCAGAGAGUCAACCUGAUCAAGACAGCCACCACAAAGAGUGGAGGUAUCUACCUGUAUGCCAACCUGAGGGGCUGUGAUGGAGACCGUGUGUACUAUGAUGGUUGUGCCAUGGUGGCCAUCAAUGGAGAUGUUGUAGCUCAAGGAGCUCAGUUCUCCCUAAAUGAUGUGGAAGUGAUUACAGCCACUCUGGAUCUGGAGGAUGUGCGCAGUUACAGAGGAGAAGUGUGCCAGCCACACAUGGGGAGUGAGCACAAACCUUGUCACAGGAUCAAAGUGGACUUCUCCUUGUCCACUGCUGAUGAUAUCUACCUCCCCACCCACCAACCCAUGCAGUGGCGCUUUCAUACACCAGAGGAAGAGAUCAGUUUAGGGCCGGCCUGUUGGCUGUGGGACUACCUGAGGAGGAGUGGACAGGCCGGCUUCCUGCUUCCUCUGAGUGGCGGUGUUGAUAGUUCCUCCACUGCGUGUAUCGUCCAUUGUAUGUGCGUGCUGCUCUGCCAGACCAUCCAGGACGGCGACAGCCAGACACUGAACGAUGUUCGUAGGGUGGUUGGAGAUGACUCCUACCAUCCACAGCACCCAAAGGAGCUGUGUGGUCGCAUCUUCACCACCUGCUACAUGGCCAGUGAAAACUCCUCUGAAGAUACAAGCAACAGGGCCAGAGACCUGGCCAAUCAGAUUGGCAGCACACACAUGAACAUUAACAUAGACAUGGCAGUGAAAGGCAUUCUUGGCAUCUUCUCCAUGGUAACGGGAUGGUGUCCCCAGUUUCGUGCCAACGGAGGAAGCCGAAGAGAGAAUCUGGCUCUGCAAAAUGUGCAGGCCCGGGUGAGGAUGGUCUUGGCCUACCUGUUUGCUCAGCUGAGUCUGUGGACCCGCGGUAGACCUGGUGGACUACUGGUGCUGGGCUCUGCUAACGUAGAUGAGAGCCUCACAGGAUAUUUCACCAAAUACGACUGUUCCAGCGCCGACAUCAACCCCAUAGGAGGAAUCAGCAAGACGGACCUGAAGAGCUUCCUGCUUCACUGUGCGGAGCAGUUUCAGCUCCCGGCUCUGAGAGGCAUCCUGGCUGCUCCGCCCACCGCUGAGCUGGAGCCGCUGACGGAUGGACAGGUGUCUCAGACGGAUGAGGCCGACAUGGGGAUGACCUACUCUGAGUUAUCAGUGAUUGGACGGCUGAGGAAGAUUUCUAAGUGUGGUCCCUUCAGCAUGUUCUGUAAACUCAUCCACAUGUGGAAGGACAUUCUCUCACCCACAGAGGUGGUCCAGAAAGUCAAACACUUCUUCAGGAUGUACUCAGUGAACCGCCACAAGAUGACCACAGUGACUCCGUCCUACCACGCCGAGAGCUACAGCCCUGAUGACAACCGCUUCGACCUCCGACCUUUCCUCUAUAACACACGCUGGACCUGGCAGUUCAGGUGCAUCGACAACCAGAUGUCCCAGAUGGAAACAAAGACCCCGCAGCAAUAAGAACCACUUCUGGCAUACAGUUCAGUAAAUGAACAGGAUCACAUUAAGUCUGUAUUCAUGUGAGCCAGAAUCUGGAGUCGCGUUUGACUCUGAUCCUCCCGCUGGGUUCAGCAGCACAACGAGCACAUCCCACAUUAACGCUAUGAUGAUGAGAAACUGCGAUCAGCGUCGAUGAUGUGCAGCAUGCCGGUUAAAAAGGGAUGUUUGUCAUUCUAACAUCGUUCACCAACAAUAAAGAUUUUUAUUAACUCCA